AAGUGCAACUCGAACUUGGUCGGGACGCGGAUCCCGAGAGGGAAAGUCACAACAACCGCACGAGGGAGUUUGACUAGCGAGCUGGAAGGCCACGCCUCCUCCCGCCUCCCCCCACAGCCCUGUAGCUGGGGGCAGAGCUCAGACUGUCUGAAGAUUGAUGUCUAUUUCCUUGAGCUCUUUAAUUUUGUUACCAAUUUGGAUAAGCAUGGCACAAAUCCAGCAGGGAGGUCCAGAUGAAAAUGAAAAGACUACAGCUCUGAAAGAUUUACUAUCUAGGAUAGAUUUGGAUGAACUAAUGAAAAAAGAUGAACCACCUCUUGAUUUUCCUGAUACCCUGGAAGGAUUUGAAUAUGCUUUUAAUGAAAAGGGGCAGUUAAGACACAUAAAAACUGGGGAACCAUUUGUUUUUAAUUACCGGGAAGAUUUGCACAGAUGGAACCAGAAAAGAUAUGAGGCUCUGGGAGAGAUCAUCACAAAGUACGUGUAUGAACUCCUGGAGAAGGACUGUAAUUUGAAAAAAAUCUCUAUUCCAGUAGAUGCCACUGAAAGUGAACCAAAGAGUUUUAUCUUUAUGAGUGAGGAUGCUUUGACAAAUCCACAGAAACUGAUGGUUUUAAUUCAUGGUAGUGGUGUUGUCAGGGCAGGUCAGUGGGCUAGAAGGCUUAUUAUAAAUGAAGAUCUGGACAGUGGCACACAGAUACCUUUUAUUAAGAGAGCUGUGGAUGAAGGAUAUGGAGUAAUAGUACUGAAUCCCAAUGAAAACUAUAUUGAAGUAGAAAAGCCGAAGAUUCAUGUACAGUCGUCAUCUUCUGAUAGUUCAGAUGAACCAGCAGAAAAACGGGAAAGAAAAGAUAAAGUCUCUAAAGAAACAAAGAAGCGACGUGAUUUCUAUGAGAAAUAUCGUAACCCCCAAAGAGAAAAGGAAAUGAUACAAUUGUAUAUACGAGAGAAUGGUUCUCCUGAAGAACAUGCAGUCUAUGUCUGGGACCAUUUCAUAGCCCAGUCUGCAGCUGAGAAUGUAUUUUUUGUUGCUCACAGCUAUGGAGGACUUGCUUUUGUUGAACUGAUGAUUCAACGAGAAGCAGAUGUAAAAAGUAAGGUAACUGCUGUGGCAUUGACAGACUCUGUUCACAAUGUAUGGCAUCAAGAAGCUGGCAAAACGAUCCGGGAAUGGAUGAGAGAGAACUGUUGUAAUUGGGUCUCUAGCUCAGAACCAUUAGACACAUCAGUGGAGUCCAUGCUACCUGACUGUCCCCGAGUCUCGGCAGGCACCGACCGUCACGAGCUAACUUCCUGGAAGAGCUUCCCGUCUAUUUUCAAAUUCUUUACCGAAGCCUCUGAGGCAAAGACCAGUUCCCUCAAGCCGACUCUGACGCGACGCUCCCACCGAAUAAAGCACGAAGAGCUGUAAGAGGAGAGCGAGCGAGACGGGGGAGGGGAAGUCAAGGAACCACUCUGGAGCAUGCAUCCACACGUCGCCUAACUGCUGUUGGGGAGCAGACUCCCAGCCCCUCAUUAGAUUGUUUUCUUCCUAGAGCACAGGGUCGUGAUAUAUACAUCUAAAUAGCGUUUUGCAUUAUUUCUAGAUGAGUGCAACUGUCAAAGCAAUAUGGGUUCACUGGUCGUGCUUCCUGCGGGCUGAGCUCGGGCUUCGCGCUGCCCGUCAGCGCGCAGAUUAAGGCUGACAGCGCCCUGCCCGGCGCGGCCGGCGCGGCUCUAAUUGCCCUGACGGAGCCGGCACGGGCGCUGCGGGGCGAGCGGCGUCUGCGCGGUCCUACCGCCCGCUGCAGCGCUGCCGCUGCUUCCCUCAUCGUCCACCCCCUAAUCAUGUCCAUUUUUCCCCUCUGAAAGGAGCAAGCUUUUAUUCUAGACUUCAGACUUCAUUUUAACCAAGUUUUUCCCCGAGGGCAUAUUAUGCCCCCCCCUUAGGAAGUACCCCCCAUUGCCAAAUUUAAAUUCAGAACAUGAAUGCCAUGAUGUACUAUGUAGUUUUGGGAGUGCAAAUUGUUCUCUUCCUAACGAUCUAUUUUCAUUUCGAGACCAGAAGAAAAUCUUUGCAUAAAAAAAAUCUAUUAAAGUACCGAAUCUGCUUUACUGCUGAAAAUCCUUGCAAGCUGAAUGUGAGACUUUACACAAGUCUCAAAUUUCAGAAGAGACCGUUUAAACCAAAACAUAAUGAGCAGAUCUUUUAAGUAUAGGUGUGAAAGGUCUAAUUUUCAAUGGAACCUCCAGCUAUCUCAUUAGGAUUGACUUUACUUUUUAUAUAUGUAAUGUGUAUUGAGUGGUAUUGUGAUUUAGAUAACACACUUAAGUUUUGCUUUUUAAAUCUUAUUGUGGAGAAAGGUGGUGGUGGUGCUUGCCUUUGUUGUUAAUCCUUACUAGAGUGAUUUACUUAGAGCUUUCCUGAGCCAAGUCCUUUUACAGAUAGAGUUUUUUAUUAUCAUCAGAAAAAUGAAACUCUGUACUCCGGAGCCUUUUUCUGCUGAAAGGCUAAGAAGGGCUAAAAUGAUUCUUUCUGUUUUCUUCUCCAAUGGGUAAAGAGGGACAUUGUGUGAAAGAUUUUCUCCUCUUGGCCCAAUGUCGUCAUUUUUAUUACUCCACUUCCUCUGUAGGGUUUUACCCUACAGUUUCAACAAUUAAGUAUUUUAAUACAGUUAAGAUUGGUCAACACUGAAAUACAAGGGAUAAAAUAAGAUUUUGCUGAUUUUCAAUUUAAAAUAUUAAAAUUUAACAUCAAUUUUUAAUUACUUGAAUUUAAUUAUCUAGUGAAGAUUGUAAUAGACAAGGUUCUGAAUUUAAUAUUUUUCAUUCUUUUAAAAAGCAUAUGCAACAACUAAUAUGCCUGCCUUAUUUAAGGACAUGAUAAAAUGUACCCAAAAUGACUUAGAAAAAAUGCCUCAGAAAAAAUAACCUGAAAUCACUCACCUCAUGGAUAAAUGUUUUUAUAUUAUGUAUCAAUUACAGCAAGUUUUAAAACCAAUAAUAUCUCAUGCUGUGUUUGGAAUACAGGCACAUUCAUUAGUUCCAUAGUUUCAAUGAUGGCAAACUACAGUGAUCUUUUUUCAGUGGUCAUGUCUGUAUCUUUUGAUGUUAUUUAAGCAGAAACAACAUAAGAGGAAAAAUGAAAAUGGCAUUUUAUACAGCUUCUAGGUGGUUUAAAAUGUAACCCCAAUAAUGUCAAGCACAUUGGUCUGUGGAACUGACCCUUUUUUAUCUGAUUUUCCUAUUUUAGAAGUAGUGGUGGACUAUGUAAAAUAAUGGUAUCUUCCAGUGAGAGGAUUUGAGAAUUGAUGUGAAUUGAAUAUAUUUUUCCAAGUGUUACAAAUUGUGUGGUGUUUUCAGUAUAUGAAAAUGUUCACAAGAAACUAAUUUUGUAGCAUUAAAAAAAAAACACUUGUAUAAUGCUAAAUAUGUGAAGCUUCUGCAGCUGAAUUAAAGCAAAGUAAAUAUGCUCAGUUUAUAAACCAAAAGACUCCUAUUCCUUCUCUCCAGUUUUCUCACCUCUUUUUAAAAACCUUUACUUGUAACUAGAGAAAAAUCACUGUUUAAUUGCCUUUAAUACUUUAAAACUACUGGAUUGUAAAGCCUUGUUUAACUAUCUAUAGAGAGCUAUUUGCAAACUUAAGUUGUGUAAAUGUAAUUUCUACUUGUGGAUCUGAGCUGUGGUGACCCAGAGAGAGCUAGGCAAACCAUUCCAGACCACCAACUGAUUACUGAUCAGUUUCCUUGUUUGUAAUGUAGGAUUUUUAAAACCUGUUGAUUAUGGGUCUGUUGGUAUAAAUGUAAUAGUUAUUGUCAACUCAAUUUUUCUGCAGUAACAAUAGCAGUUGGUGGUAGCCGCCUGCUUACCGGUGGCCAUUGUUACAGUAUUUCUGCUCUGAUCUUCUCCUCCCCAUUUUUGGUGUCCUUGGGUUUUUUAGGUGAACAGAGGUUUAAAGUUAAGAUAUAGAGUUUUUACUUUAACUAUAUACUUAGUAUGUAGAGCAAGUGGAAUGGAAAGAGAGUUGUUGAUGAAUCUAAGAUUCAAAAUAGUCUUGCAAAAUUUAAAAGCCACCUAAGCUUUGGAACUUUCUAAAGGUACCUAACCAUGCAGUCAUUAAAAACCUUCAUGAAUAUUUGAAAGAGAAACCAUCAACUUGUCAUAAUUGUUCUUUCCCAUAUUUCUGCCUUGUGCUUCAAUUGGGUUGCAUUCUUGUUGAUAUGUCAAAAAAAAAAGUAAAGCACAGGCAUUUCCUAUAUAUUAUAUAUUUGUUUACCAUUUUUAAAUAAAAAGUUUUCCCAACAAACAGCA